AAAGACGGAAGUUUUUGUGGCGCAUCUGGCUUGCCUGCUUGGGUCGCGGCGGCGCAUAGCAGGGGCAGGCCGGUGGGCGGCGGCGCAUUAGGCUCCGGCAGGGCGCAGCUGCUGCGGCUGCUGCUCACGGGCGUCGGUGGGGGCGCCUGCUACGGCCUACAGGCGAGCGUGCGGCUGCAGCUGCGGCUGCGGCAGACUGCAGCAAGCGGCGGCGGCGGCGGCUCUGUUCCUGCUCUAGAGUCUGGACGGGCAUCGGUGAGGGCUGCUGCUGCUCCUGUACUGCAGGGCGUCGGCGAGCUGGGGCCUAGGCCUAGAGGGCAGCUCUGCUCUCUGCUUACUGCUGCGGCUGUGGUUGGUACUCUGCUCUACGUGACAACGAACAGCUCUUGUCUGCUCAUGUACUGCAGUACUGCUGUGGCUGCUACUCUCCUCCACGGCUCCACUUGAAGAAGCAAGAACAAAAACACUACUGCUGUGCAACUAAAUUAUAUUAUUCCAUCAGUCAAUAAUUAAUGCUUAGUUAUUGAUUAUAUCAUAUUUAUAUAUACCGGUUCAAAGUAUUUGUGACCGGUUCGAUUUGACUGGUCCGAAACAAUUGAACCGGCGGAUCAACCGGUUCUAAACGGUUGGACCAAUGAACCAUUGAACCGACGGCCUCGCCGGAUCGAUUUUCGGUCCGGUCCUAAUAACUAUGCACAUGGUCCCAGUCGCAUGGUGGCAUAGUCAUCAACGAGUACGUGGGGUACGCCCUUGCACACAAGGGCCGAGCGGACGAUCCAAACAACAUCUACAGCCCCGCGGACGAGGCCGAGGCGUACACCAACCCGAACGCCUACGAGAAGAUGGCCGAGUACACCUCACAUACUCGCGCGCGCCACGGGGACGACUUCGACCCCGCCACUGAGCCCCUCGACACAGAGAUCCUGAUGAGGGCUGGAGGAGGGAAGCAGCACGGGCGGUACUAUAUGGCCCACAGCGCCAUCGUCCCGACCACUGUGCCCACGCUCCGCCAGGUGCGACAGGCGAGCAGCACGACCUCCUCCGACGUCCCCAUACGAGCUCGGCAGCCGUCUUUCCAGUCCCAGUUGGCCGAGUUGCGAGCCAGGCAGGACUCCGCGGAGGAGGCCCAUCAGCAGGAGAUAGCGCGCCAGAACGAGGCCCAUCGGCAGGAGCUGGCGCGCCAGUUCAAGGCGUUUCAACAACACCAGCAGCGUCAGAUGCAGGACUUCGCCAACUACUUCACCUCCCUUCAGAUCCCUGGUGUAGUCACGGCUCCGCUGCCUGCCUCGCUGUUCGCUCCACUCCCUCCUCCUGGCACAGUAGUACAGUCUCUAGCACAGUCGCACAGAUCAAACCCGACUCCUCAAGACGGCGCUUCUCUAGGCCAUGGGUGUCAGGUCCAGCAGACUCCACAGUAGACGUGGCCUGGCGCUCCUCGGCCUCAAACAUACGGGUGGGGUCCGUGGUCAGCUGGCGCUCCUCCGCCUCAGACACACGGGUGGUCGCCGUGGUCAGGUGGCGCGCCUCAGCACCCAGCAGGUUGGCCGCAGCAGGGGUGGCCAGGUGAGGGCUCUUCCUAGGGACAUGGGGACGCCGGGUCGCAGCCGGACCAGUGAUAUGGACAUGUUAUGCUUGUGAUGGAUAUGUUAGGCGGAUUUGUGAACUUUGUGUAUGCGGAUUUGUGACAUGAUGAAUACCAACUAUUCUGUAUGUGGAUUUGUGACCAUUGAUGGAUGCAUGUGUCGAUUUGUGACUAUAUAUGUUAUGCAGGUUCUAUUACAUA